GCGAUUGAAUGAUUCAUGAAGAAUCAGUGGUCCCUGUUUCGGCCGCGGAAAAAGCGUGAGAACCGUUUCCCGUGCUGUACAGUAGAGCGGCAGGAUUUAUACGAAGAAAGUGAAGCUAAGUUCGCAAAACAUAGACAAUGGUGAAACGGUUGGAGCUAAUUUGGGUUUGCUGGAUCGUCCUUCUCGGAACCACCUUCCAGCGGGACGGAAUCGGAGUCGUCCAAGGGAAAGCCACCGUCGAGCAAAUGAUGAAGACAGGUGAAAUGAUGCGGAGUGUCUGCAUGGGGAAGGCCAAAGUAAGUGAGGAUCUGGUCAAUGGAUUGCGCGAGUCAAAGUUCCCCGAUGUCAAGGAACUCAAGUGCUACGUAAACUGUGUGAUGGAAAUGAUGCAAACGAUUCGCAAAGGAAAACUGAACUAUGAGGCCACCAUGAAGCAGAUCGACACCAUCAUGCCGGACGAGUUGGCGGAGCCGAUGCGAAAUGCGCUUAAUAUCUGUCGUAACAGUGCUGAUGGUAUCAAGAAUAAUUGCGACGCAGCGUACGAAGUGGCACAAUGCAUCUCUAAGAAUAAUCCCAAGUUUAUAUUUCCCUGAGAAAAAAUCUGGUAGGUAGUUUAGUCACUAGAAAGAACAUGAUUGAAAUUGCG